UCAUUCAGAAAACUUCAUUCACAAAAACGGCAACACACACUUCAGAAUUUUGAACAGAAAAAUUCUGCUUAACCUGGCUUUUUAAGGAAAAGCUAGCAAUGACUCAAGGGCUGUCAAAGAAGCUGCACAAAGAUGAUGAUGAUGAGUCUGGAGAUUUGAAGUAAAAUUGUGCUGGACCAUACGAAUAUUGAGCGUAUUUCUAGAUUGCGAUGCUGAAUGACUUUAAAGACAAGAAUUAACAGGAUUUGUAUUAAGAACUGCUGACUACAUUCAGAGAAUUAUUUUGCAUGUUUUUUAAAAUCAUAUUGUGUGAAUAAAGAAUGUGCAAAUUGCAGAACCAUGAUUUUUCUUUCCAGUGAGUCAGUUGAAUACAAAAUGCUAAGAAUAGGGCUUGUAAGGUAUCUCUUUGGGUUCUUGCUAAUCUAAAGAUGCUUUUGAGAUUCUAGCUAUCUUGUAUUGCUUUCUGUGGAAUAUUUUUUUUUAGUCUUUACUGCAGCUAGGAAUUCACCGUUAAUGAUGCAGGCUAUAACAGUGAAUGUUCAAAGCUGAGAAUGAUUUAGAGGCUUGCUUGCUUGUGGCAGAAAUGAUUUUAGAUAUGGAUAGCAUCUCUUCAGAUUAAACUGCUGCAGUAUUGUUAUACCUAUGUGUAUGUUUCCUUUAGCAUUACUUACAGAUGACCGUGCAGACUUAAGCUAUGUUCAUUAAGAAAAAUAAGCUAUGUGUGAAGCAGUCAACAAAGAAUUUCCAAUUGGCGUCUGUUUUUAAAAUGGUUUGACUUGCUUAAUUUCCAUGUCAUUUCUCUACAAGAAGAGAGCCAAUUUAUGCAACAGUAUCCAGUUACAAAACUUCCAAGGCUAUGAGAGAACGCAGUCAGCACAGUCUCAGUGGACACAUACUGUAUGUAGGACUAUUUAGACACCCAGGAAUGCUCAACAGGGCUAAAUACAGUCGCUUUAGGGAUGAUUUUAUAACAUCAUUAGAGGAAGGUACACAAAGUAGUUCUUUAAAUAUCAAAGGCUCCUCUUCAUCUCCUCAUUCCUCCACACCUCAUUUACCAAUUGAGGAUGUCACCUUGGGGACGCAGGACAGCUCCACCACUUUGUGCACUUUGAUACCCCGAAUGGCUAAUAUUAAAUUAUCCAAUCCAUCUAAUCUGCCUGGUUUUAAAAACUUCUGUCUGGGGACAAAAGAGGUGCCAAGAAUUAAACUCGCAGAGUGUGUUACAGUUCCAAGCAGCCCAACCUCACCAGAAAUCAGUUUAAUCAGCUGCCUGCCUACUUCUUAUCCACGGCAGGACCCGGACAAACUCGAUAUAAAUACAAAAUCUCAAGAUGACUGCAUCUUGCUGGGCUUUGAGUCUACUCCUCUAAGCAAACAGGAGAAACCUCCGGCGCAGAGCGGAGAGGACAUUGUGAAGACUGGCAUGACCUACUGUGUACGAUACAUGGGCUGUAUUGAAGUGUUGCAGUCAAUGAGGUCUCUGGACUUUGGCACCAGGACUCAAGUCACCAGGGAAGCAAUAAGCCGACUGUGCGAAGCUGUAUCAGGAACAAAUGGCGCUAUAAAAAAGCGGAAGCCUCCAGUUAAAUUUCUGUCUUCUGUGCUUGGCAAAAGUAACCUUCAGUUUUCUGGCAUGAAUAUAAAACUGAUCAUCUCCAUGAGCAGUCUUACUUUGAUGAAUGUUGAUACCCAGCAGAUUAUUGCCAACCACCACAUGCAGUCCAUCUCAUUUGCCUCUGGAGGUGAUCCAGAUACAACAGACUACGUUGCAUAUGUAGCUAAAGAUCCUGUUAAUCAGCGAGCAUGCCAUAUAUUGGAAUGUCCCAGUGGAAUGGCUCAGGAUGUAAUAAAUACCAUCGGGCAGGCUUUUGAGCUCCGAUUCAAGCAAUACUUGAAGAAUCCUUCUACUCUGAUUACUUCCAAUGAAAGUGAAGUGAUGAAUCUUGAUGGAUCAGCUUGGAAUAUACAGAAGAAGGAGGAUCAUGAAUAUUACAAUGAAAUUCCAGGGAAAGAACCUCCUACAGGUGGACUAUUAGACAUGCGAAUGAAAGUGCAAAUAGACCAAAGGGAAAACUGUCCCAUACAAUGUGAAAAGCAAUACUGUUUGGCUGGCAGCCCAAAAUGCAUCAACAUAUAUGAAAACUGUCCAGAAGAAAACAUAUCAGUGGGUAACUAUGGUGAAAGAUCACUGAAGGCAAAAAAAGAUGUAUCCUUACUGAAACCUGCUUGCAAAAUGGAUCUUUUUGAUGACCCUUGUUACAUCAACACUCAGACCUUGCAAACAGCUAGAGGUCUUGCAUCAGCCAAGGUCUAUGGGAGCCCGCUGUGUCAUGAGAGAUUGCCGGAAGCUGCUCAGCAGCGUGCCGCAACCAACAUGGAUAGUGUAUGUGUUCUGCCACAAAUAAAGCAACAAUUAAGGAAUGAAGUUUGUUACCAUGACAAAUUAAACAGGAAAGCAGCAGAGACCCUCUUGGUCAACGAUGGGGAUUUUUUGGUGCGAGAGAGUGCAACGUCACCUGGUCAAUAUGUAUUGAGUGGAUUGCAAGGAGGGCAAGCAAAGCAUUUACUGUUGGUGGAUCCUGAAGGCAAGGUCAGAACCAAAGACCAUGUGUUUGAUAGUGUGGGUCAUCUUAUUCGCUACCACAUGGAAAAUAAUCUGCCAAUCAUCUCUUCUGGAAGUGAACUGAGCUUGAAACAGCCAGUGAGAAAACAGAGUAACACAGGACACACGCAAUACAACAAAUAACACUGUUGGAUCUCAAAAUUCCCAAGGCAAUUAAUUUGUGAAAACUGCAUUGACUAUUAAACUUCAUUACUACAAAGCCAACUCAAAAAGAAUAAACUGUACUUUUCAGCUGCUGUUAUGGAAGACUUCUUUUCAUGUGUAUGUAUGAAUAUAUGUAUAUCUAUGUAGAUCUAUAGAGCUCAAUAUGCAUAGCUAUAUACAUAUAGAUAUAUAUAGUGUUAAUCUUAGCAAAAUGAAACCCCUGGAGAGUGAGAGAUCCAUUUGGGAAAAAAAGACAUGCACAGAUAUCACUUUCAAGUCAUACUGAAUCAGUAACUAUUUAAAAGCACAAUUAAACUUAUACAUGGAAAAGCUCACUUGAACAAACUGCUGGGACAUUAGUAUGUGCCUUUUAGUUGUGGAAUUAUUGGAAACAAAUAUUAUUUAUAUUGGAUUAGUUUCAAGUGGAUACAUGAACAUGUGUAGGUUUAGAACUACUUGCCAAAACAAAUGAUUUGAAUAUUACUAACGUCACUUGCUUACAGUAGACACUAACUUUAUUUCAUUUUGCUUAUCAUAGCACUUUAAUAGCAAAUAAUGUUUAAAAUGAAUGGCAUACACAAUACAGAAAGGUUGCCUGUUUCCUUAGUAACAAUCAGUUUUUUAAUCAUUGUCUGACUGCUCAAAGAUUUGAGAUUAUGCAACAUUUACUAAAUGGAAAUAAAGAUAUGUAAAUGAAGUGUAAUUUUGAAAUAGAAUGUAUCAAAGAGCAAGCGUGCUAGAUUCUAAUAUUUUUGUGUCUUGCAUAUAAUUUUACUAUUAUUGUCAACAAUUACUGGAAAUGUCUCUCUUUUUAAAACUAAGUUAAAUAUAUUUUUCAUUGAUUCCAUUGAUAUUGACAAAUUAGAGAAACUGAAUGAGACAAAUGAUGCAUUUUGAGGGGGGAAAUAUUUAAAAAAAAAUUGAAUUUGGCAUGUUCUAGAGAUUAUUGUACAAACUUUUUCUCCAAAAUGAUGUGAUAUCUGCCCCUUGCUUACUUAGAUUCCAUUUGAUCCUAAAUAUUGAAAUGUCUUUUUAAGAAAAUAUAUUCUGUUUUGUCACAAUAAAUGCUGUAAAUCUGAACGAACCUGUAAUCAAUGUAUCUGAGAGAGUCAGUAGUUUAUUGGUAGUUAAGGAGCAGUAUUUCAAUGAGUAAUAGGAGAGAGGAAGUGGAAGUGGAACUGAAGGCCUUUGUGGGGAGUUAUCUAAGGGUUAGAGCUGGCCGAAUAAUGGAUUUUUCAGUUUGCUGGAGAUUCUGAAAAAUCAAAAUAAAGAUUUGUUUUUGGGUAGAAAAAAGCUACAUAAAUUCACAAAUAGCUCUGGGUCAAUCAAAACUGCAUUUUUAGGGGAAUAAAUUAUUUGUGGAAAAUAAUUAGCCCAGCUCUAGUAAGGGCAUCCUUUCUUGGUUUUAAAAUAAGUGAUGCCUUUUGGCACCAUCAACUGUACCUACCCCUUGCCAAAUUCAAUUCCAUUAUCCUGUGGUAAGUGAGCUUUACUAAAAAUAAGGAAAUUCUGUGUCCUCCAUUCAAUACGAACAUGUUAUAGGAUGUUACAGAGAUAUAUCUUUGCUUCUUGAAAAAAGAAAGGCUCGUAAAUAGGAUAAAGGACCUGGUAACUGAGGGCCUUCCAUUGAAGGGAAAAUCUGAUUAUUUUGACGAGCCAUUUUUUAAGCAGUGUGAAAUGAUUUCCCCUGUUUUUUCAUCAGUUUCUAGGCCUAAAAAAACUAUAAUCUUUUGUCUCGUGUAAUAAAGUCAUGAGGAUAUUAAGCUCACAUGCGCAUGUUGAAGGAAGGAGAAGCUUUGAAAUGUCUGUAGUUGAUUGCCUUGAUAACUGUCUAGCAUGGUUCCUAUUUUGUGCCUUCAGUACUGAAGACUGUUACUUCUGUUUGCUCACAGCAAAGGUUCUAAUCUGUGGACCAGAGCCCCAAAGAGAGUCAUUGAAGAGCUUUGUACAGUUGCUGGCGAAGUGGUGUUAGGUGCUGGACUGGUACUCGGCACACUCUCCCUCUUAGCUAGAGAGCCACCGUGUAACUUACUCAAUACAAGCACAUGAAGCCGAAGGGGGAGCAGACAGAACCCUUUGGCUGUUUGUGUGUGAAAGAGAACUGCAUGCAGUUGCUCUGUUUCCUCUUCAAAGUUGGAGGUGGAAGGAAGGAGGUAGAAAGUGAGAGUGUAUAGAACUCCACUUCUGCCAGAAUUAAUUGAAAGCCUCCCAAGACUUGAAAAACAAAGCAUUUGGGGUUCUGGGGCCACGGAAGAAGAGUUGUCUGAAUUUGAUAUUGAGAAACGAUUGUCCUAGGACUUUCAUUUUUCCUUCAUGGACAGAUGUAUGCAGAAAACAUCUAGUAUGUGGUAUGGUAUUUAUAGCUUGAUGAGAAAUAGACUUAAACCUCCACACUGAAAUUCAAUGUCCAUACCCUUUAGGAAAAUUUGGGUUAGAGCCCAAACUUUAUGGCUUGGGCUUCUCUUGGGUGUCAUUGAAGCAAAAUUGUGAGAGAAAAGAGGGAAAAGAAGCUGGCUAAAAGGUACAUUGAUGGAAUAAUCAAGUCAUAUCUCAGAAUCUGUUGUUGUGGAAGGGAGAAAACGGAAGAAUCCUGAAGACUACAGAUACAACUCAGGUGCUGCUGUAACACAUCCAUAUGCUACUGACAACAGACAUACCAGUACUUUCUAGAUUAAAUCACUAGAACUCCAGUUCGUCUUUUCUAAAAAACAGAGAGGCCUCUAUCAUUUAUGUAUUAAUAGGUCCCUGACCCUCUCUGUGUGCCAGCUACUGCGUACAAAGUACAUUAUCCUGGGGACAGUGGCAGAAUUCUAGAAAGUUUCCCUGAAAACCAUGUCAGAGCCUCUGAGAAAAGUCUGUGACAUGAAUUGGCAAGCAUGCCUAUGCAAGUCACUUCACCUUUCUGUGCCCAUGGGGAUAUUACUUUGCAACUGAAGUUGUAAGAACUGGUUAAUGCAUGUAAAGCUCUAUCUGUGCUAAGUAUUAUUAAGAUGUUAGUCAGACCCAUGAGGAAGGACACAGAUGUACUUUGGAAAACCACACUGGAAAUGCAGAGCAUUUCAGUCCCUUUAUCAAAGUGCAUGCAGAUUCCACUGAAAUAACAGAAAUUUGCUUGAACAAAUUAAAAUUUGUAUUUGGAUAAUUUCA